ACUGGUUCAACAUCAGCACCAUCUGCUGGAUCAGUUACUGGGACUACUGGAGCACAUGCCUCCACUACCACUGCUGGUCUCUCAGCUUCUGGGCACUUUCCACCAGCCUACGCUAAUAUCGGUAUGCAGAAUCCGCCUCCUGUGAAUACUCCAGGUGCUCCAUCGACUGCACCUGCAACGCAACAGCAACAAUCACAGACAACAGCACAGCAACAAGCAUCAGUACAGCCACCAGUUUCAACGCAAUCAAUUUCAUCUGUGUUCAGUGGAAUGAGCCUUGACGGCUCAAGUUACAUGCGUGGAGCUACAGCUCCAAAUACUGGUUCGUUCGCUUUCUCACCUUUCGUACAGCAGCCGCAGUCGCAGCAGUUUCAGCAUCCCUUUUGUGUCUUCGGACGUCCUCCUGCUCAGCAACCACAGCAAGGGGCCUGUCUGAUACGCAUCUGAUGCUGCAGGCUCAAAGGUGCUGCUGGGUCAAUGAUACAUGUGGAUGUUAUGCAGCAACUACCAGAUUAGUAAAUACCAAGACUAAAUAUUACCAUACAUGAUAAUUGUACUCCCCCC